AAAAAUGUAGAUUUAUCAUUUUUCAUGUUUGCAUUUAAAUUAUAUCAGUUCGUGUAUAAUAUUCAUGAAACAUUAGACGGGAUAUUUUAGAAACCAAAAUGUUGUAUAGUUGGUAGGUCGAUAUAGAUAACUAUAGCCUACAGUACCUACUUACACUUACAAUCCACGCAGUCCACGGUCAAAUUAAUUUAAUCCUUUUAUGUGUGUCUAUGUAUUUCUAUGUGUGAUCAUUCAUCUUCAAUUUAUUAUUGUGACUAUUGAAUUAUUGAUAAAAUGAUCAACUGUUCGUUAUUUAAAUUAACGAAUCUCAAACGAUUAUGUGAUAUUAAUAAUAGACAUCAAAUAUUUUCGAGAAAUAAUCACUGGUCAAAGUGUAGUUAUUUAUAUGGAGCUUCGAGUGAUCCACUCAAACCUUAUACAAUUGGAGGGGUUUUCAAUGACGCCGUACAACAGACUCCAGAUCGAGAGUGCCUGGUUAGCCGACACGAGAAUAAACGACUCACGUUCGCCGCCAUGGAUUUUGAGGUGGAUAAGCUAUGCAAGAGCUUUAACGCCAUUGGCCUCAAACACGGGGAUCGUGUUGGAAUAUGGAUGCCUAAUUGCGUGUUAUACUAUACGGCGAUUAUCGCAACAGCUCGUCUGGGACUUAUUUUGGUAAACAUUAAUCCAGCGUAUCAAUGUGACGAACUGAAAUACACUUUAAACUUAGCUGAAGUGAAGUGUCUUUUAACCUUAGAAAAGUUUAAGACUCAAAAUUAUCCUGAAAUAUUAGAGAAGGUUGAUUCGGACAUUUGGAAGCGACCGUCUAAUACGCCGAUCAAGUCGAAAAUUAUACCUACACUGGAAUCAGUUAUUUUUGAUUCAGAAAACUGUAUAAAUGGUGCUUAUAAUUUACAAACGUUCUAUGACCUGGGUUUCAAUUCUAAUUAUAAUAUUCCUAAUAUUCAACCAGACGAAGGAUGCAUAAUUCAGUUUACUUCAGGUACCACUGGUAAACCAAAAGCAGCAUUAUUAAACCACUUUGGUCUAACGAACAAUGCCUAUUUUAUGAUGAAGCGCUUAGGAAUUAACGAUGACAUCAAUGAAGGAAAAUUACAUAAAUUCUGUUGUUCAAUGCCUUUAUUUCAUGCUGCGGGAUUAUGUGUUUGCACUCUUGGAGCUUUGGUUACCAAAUCUACAGUUUUUUUACCAUCAGGCCAUUUUGAUCGGAAAGCAUCUGUCGAUGUAAUUAUCAAAGAAAAAUGUACGGUUUUAUUUGGUACACCAACGAUACACAUUGACAUAAUGUCCGUUUUCGAAGAUCUUCCACUAGAGCAACAAGACAACGACAUUAAAAUAGCAAUAACUGGUGGCGCCACUUGUUCUCCGAAUUUGAUGACCAAGUUUAAGAAUAUGUUUCCACGAGCUAAAAUAUUGUCUUUGUUCGGGAUGACAGAAACCAGUCCCUGUACGUUUCUAAACUUCUUGAAUGACUCAGAUGAACGGAUAAUGUCGACGAUGGGUUUCAUACUAGAUCACGUGGAGGCGAAAGUGGUGGAUACCAAUGGCGAUAUGGUACCGUUCGGGACUUCCGGAGAAUUGUUGAUUCGUGGAUAUCUAAUAAUGAGUGGUUAUUUUAACGAUGAAGAAAAGACAAAAGAAACGAUUGAUUCUAGCGGGUGGCUACACACAGGAGACCAAUUCGUUUUGUUCGAAGACGGAUAUGGAAAUCACGUUGGCAGAUUAAAAGAAAUGAUUAUUCGCGGUGGUGAAAACUUAUUCCCUAAAGAGAUAGAAUACUUUUUGGAGUCUCAUCCAUUGAUUUCACAAGUUCAAGUAUACGGUGUACCCGAUCAGCGGAUGGGCGAAGAAGUGUGUGCCAGCGUCAUCCUCAAAAAAGGAGCUACGCUCACCGAAGCAGAUAUAAAAGCGUACAGCAAAGGAAAGAUCGCCCAUUUUAAAAUCCCCAAAUACAUAUUUAUCGAAAAGGACGGGUUCCCAAUGACGGCAUCGGGCAAAGUGCAGAAGCACAAGUUAAGAGAAAUCGCGAUGCAACGGAUUUCGAGCUCAGCCUAAUUUAAUUAUGAUACAGUAUAUAAGUCGUUUUUAAUCAGUUCUGUAUAAUUUCUUUAUCGAAUCAAUCGCCGUAUAUGUUACCAAGGCGAUGGAUUUCUUUUGAAAAUAUAUCUACUGAGCUGUUUAAACAUUAUCACCAUACAUUUUGCAACUAAUUAUAAUAUGUAAACAGGAAGUUAUGUCGUCAUGUUUACAAAGUUCAUUAUGUAAAUUAGCUAAAUAAUCGCAUUUUAAUUACAAAUUGCUUUAUUUUAUUGGAUUAAUUAUUACGUGCUACUGUUGUAUUACGAUCUUUGACUAUUAAUAUAAAUUAAGUAUUAAUAUUAAUAUGUUUUUAUUACUACACAACUGUGCUUGUUAAAU